AUGACUGUUUCUUUCCGCAAAGGACCACUUGGAUAUCUCCGUCAGGAUCCAACUGAUGCAGCCAGAGUCAUCAAGGACAACCCUUCGCUACAGGACAAGUCGGCACCUGUAAAGGCAGAUUUGGUCAGACAGAAUGCCCUCACUGUGGUCCGUCAGAGAGGAGGGGAUGCGUCAGAUAAAACUGAGGUGUUCGGAGAAUACAUUCUGCAGUUUGGAAAGUACAAAGGGAAGUCCUUCCGCUGGCUACUUGAGAAUGAUAUUGGAUAUACCAUCUACCUACUCAAGAGCCAGCAAAAAGAAAAAGAGGCUGCAGGACUAUUCAUGGCAGAGGGGCAUAGCAAGGACAGCCUACUGUCAUUUCUGAGCUAUGCCCUUAGCUUUGCAGAGAUCCAGUCCCUUCUGAACUAUGAGACAGCCAAACCAGUUGUGAUGGCAGCAUCAGAGGAUGACCAGCUGGUGGGUUUUGGUUAUCGUGCCAAAAACACCUGGCGAGAAAUCUGGGACAGUAGGGAUGAUGGUUACACAGCUUUUAUUCUCAAGAAAAGCUGUGUUCCAGGGACAAAAAUGCACAAGCUUCAACAAUACCUGCAGAAGAAGCAACACUCAACCUCUGCCUCUUCUCAGAUGAAGCAUGCCUCACAAGCUCCUGCUGAAGCUAUGGUGAUGGAUGAAGAUAUGGAGCUGGAGAGAGCGAUGCUGAGUAUCUCUCCUUCCAAGCAUCACAUGGAGAGCUCCGUUCCUGCAACAUCCUCAGCUGCCAGACCACAAGAGGCUUCAGGAACAGAAAGAGGUUGACCACGUUCUGGUCGUGUCUGUGUUUUGGUGUUCUACUUAAGAGUCCUAGUGACUAUGAAUUGAUUCCAGUCAUGAUGAGGGUAAGUAUCAUUCCUUAUUUCCUUAUAUGAAUAAAAUGCUAAAACUGCUGUGGUGACUAACACUUGAAUGCAUGUGUUUGCAGUGUGCCAUGUUGC